AUGACAACCCACCAGGAAGGUCGUGAGUACGACAUUAUCUUCGCCGGGGGUGGCACGGCAGCGUGCAUCGCCGCCGGUCGUCUCGCCAAAGCCGACCCCAACCUGUCCAUUCUGCUCGUCGAAGGCGGCAGAAACAACCAUAAUGAUCCGACUGUUGUUAGUCCGGCCAUCUACCUCUCGCACCUCGCGCCCGGCUCCCAAACUGCCUUGUUCUACCAGGCCAAUAAAGAAAAGGCACUCAAUGAUCGGGAGGCCAUUGUGCCGUCGGGUGGAAUGCUGGGGGGAGGCUCGUCCAUCAACUUCAUGAUGUACACCCGAGCUCAGGGCAUCGACUACGACUCGUGGAAGACGGAAGGUUGGGACGCCAAGAGCCUCAUUCCCCUAGCCAAGAAGCUCGAAACCUACCAUCUCGACAACCCAUCCAUCGACAAGAGCCUCCACGGCUACGACGGCCCCGUCAAUGUGUCAUUUGGCACGCAUGGCCCUAAGGGCCCGCAGGACGACAUGCUCGCGGCCGGAGAAGCGUUGGGCAUCAAGGAGGUUAUUGACCAGCAAGACUUCAAGGACGCAAAUGGGUUCUCGCGAUGGGCGCGCUAUGUCGGCCCGGACGGGAAGCGCCAGGACACGGCCCACCGAUACAUCCAUCCUCUGAUGCAAUCCGGGGAGUACCCUAACCUUCACCUGCUUCUGGAGAGCAAGGUCUCGCGCGUCCUCUUUGAUGGUACGCGCGCGACGGGCAUCGAGUACGAGCCCACUGCAUCCUCUCAGCCCGCCACGUCCCUGAGCAAGCCCGCUAGCUCUGUCGUCAAGGCGAAGAAGCUCGUCGUGGUCUCUGCCGGCGCUCUCGGCACACCAUCAAUCCUCGAGCGAUCUGGCAUCGGUGGUGCGGAACUGCUGAAGAAGCUCGAUAUCCCCGUCGUCUCCGAGGUGCCCGGCGUUGGAGAAGAGUACCAGGACCACCACUUGCUGCUAUAUCCUUACAAGACGUCGCUGCAGCCUGACGAGACCCUCGACGGCAUCCUCAGCGGCCGCCUGGACUUUGCCACGGCGCUCAGCGAGAAUAAUCCUUUCCUCGGCUGGAACGGAAUUGACAUUGCAGGCAAAUUGCGCCCAACGGAAGAAGAGGUCGCACAGCUUGGGCCCGACUUCCAGGAACUGUGGAACCGCGACUUUAAGGAGCACCAAGACCGGCCGCUGAUGCUCAUGGGUGUUGUUUCAUCCUUCCUCGGUGACCACAAAAUCCUGGAUGAAGGCAAGGAUGGCGUGUCGCAGUACGCUACCAUGGGGGCAUACACCGCGUACCCAUACUCUCGCGGCAACAUCCACAUCGUCUCAAAGGAUGCGCAGACGCCGGCGUCGUUCAACACGGGAUUCCUCUCCCACCCAGCUGACCUUACCAAGCAAGUGUGGGCGUACAAGAAGCAGCGCGAGAUCUAUCGCCGCACGAACGCCUUCGCUGGUGAGCUGGCGAUUGGCCAUCCCAAGUUCCGCGAGGGCAGCAAGGCGGCCUUGUCGGACGGGCCGCUCGUCCAGGGUGGGUUCAAGAGCGUGGAGGACCGAAAGGCAAUCCCGCCGAUUGUGUACGACGCGGAGGACGACGCGGCAAUUGAGGACUGGAUCCGGUCCAACCUGAACACGACGUGGCACUCGCUCGGAACGUGCAAGAUGGCACCCAAGGACAAGGGCGGCGUCGUUGACAAGUCGCUCAAUGUGUACGGAACGCAAGGGCUCAAGCUUGCCGAUCUGUCGAUUGUGCCCGAGAACGUCGGCGCCAACACAAACAACACGGCACUUAUUGUGGGUGAGAAGGCGGCCGUCAUUAUUGGCGAGGAGCUCGGGCUGGACGUGUAG